AUGUCCUCUAGUCUUCCCCCGUCUGGAUCCCUGUCCUCUCUCCCAGAGGAGCAACGGUUCCAAGUCCUCGAUAAGCUUUUCGAACAGUCUCCAGAGCUCCAUACCCUGAUGGCCCCUGUGCUGGCCAACAAGUCCUUCUCUUCAUAUUCUAGUUUAAUCAACGCAGUGGGUGGUCGAAUGUCCGCUCUCUCCGCCGCCAAUUCGCCGACCAACAAAGCCGUUCUCGUAGGCAUUCUAGGAUCUCAUCCCCGCUUGGGACGACCAAAGGAAACGAAUCCCGAACAUCUGAGCGAACUCAGCAGGCAAGAACAGGCGCAAUUGAACACCGGGGCUGAAGAGCAAGCGGAGAAAUUAAGACUGUUGAAUGCGGAAUACGAGGAGAAAUUCCCUGGAUUAAGAUUUGUAACGUUUGUCAAUGGGCGGAGUAGUGAGGCGAUCAUGGUGGAGAUGCGUCAGAGGAUCGAUCGAGGGGAUGUCGAUCGAGAAGUGGAAGAAGCCAUCCAGGCCAUGUGCGAUAUUGCGAGGGAUCGGGCACGGAAACUGAAGACUGCGAUUCCCACGAACAAGGUCGACAGUGUCAGUCCCACUGUCAACAAGGAUGACCACAGUCCCGCCUCUGGAAAAUCGGGGUUUUUGCGAACUUCGCAGUCGUUCCCUAUCGGUUCGUUACCGUCAGAUGUCGCCGAUAGUGGAAAAUUUCAGGAUGUAGGAAGGAAUUCUCGACCACUCAAUGGCUCUAUCGGCGUUGGCAGGAAUUCUGUCUCAUCGCCAACCAUCAGCGCCGACGCCAGCGCAAUCGAUCCGUUGUCCCAACAUAUCAUUAAACGUACCAACACGCAAAAAUCCAUUCCCCUCAAGCUCCUAGGGAGAGCGUCAUACGAGGCGGAAGUGGGCGGAACAGAACAUCCCAGUCCGGUCGAGCAAAGCUCAAACCGGGGAGAUGCAGUGUUACACCAGAAACCCAAUCGGGAUAAGAAAAUAGGCGUCUCCUUCCUCAGUCGCAUCAUAGGGGGUAAGAAGAAGGGACCAUCCCUCGGCGACGAGGAAGAUGCCUCGGAACCCGAAAAUGCUCGUAUAGAUGCCGGCACCACUGCGCAACCGAUCGGUUUCAUUCCUCGUUUCCCUCGUCCCCCGAAGUAUAUCCGAGUCCGCGCUCACAACAAGAAGGAGAAGACGUUCAACCGGAUUUUCGUGGCGCAGGAACUCGAGGGCACCGAUGAUGAGACGUGCCCGCCCGACAAAGAUACGCCCACGUCAACAACAGGGGCGCCGACCAACAAAAGCGCCGGGAAAGCCGUCUGGGCUCUCAUUUUCUCCAAGGAUGGUAAAUAUAUCGCUGCCGCUGGACAAGACAAGAAGGUCCGCGUCUGGGCUGUGAUUGCAUCUCCAGAGGACCGGCGAGAACACGAAACCGAAGGCGACGGCAGUCGCGAGGAAGACGGGCCUCCACCGUUGAAGGCGCCGGUGUUCAAGGCGAAGCCGGUUCAGAUAUACGAAGGUCAUACAGGAAGUGUGCUGGACUUAAGUUGGAGCAAGAAUAACUUCCUUCUCUCCUCGUCGAUGGACAAGACCGUUCGACUGUGGCAUGUCACCCGUUCAGAGUGCCUGUGCUGCUUUCAACACAGUGACUUUGUGACUUCAAUCCAGUUUCACCCUCGCGAUGACCGAUUCUUCCUGGCAGGAUCGCUGGACACCAAGCUCCGGCUGUGGAGCAUCCCAGACAAGACCGUAGCAUUUGUCACGACAGCCCCCGACAUGGUCACCUCGGUCGCCUUUACCCCCGAUGGCCGACACUCAAUUGCCGGAUGUCUCAACGGGAUGUGCAAUAUCUACGAGACCGACGGGCUAAAGGCUGUUGCGCAGAUCCACGUCCGGUCUGCGCGUGGUCGCAACGCAAAGGGCAGCAAAAUCACCGGGAUCGACACGAUAACCGUUCCAUCGACUGAUGCCCACGGCGAGGUAAAGCUGUUGGUCACCAGCAACGACUCUCGCAUCCGACUGUACAACUUUCGCGACCGCACCCUGGAGGCCAAGUUCCGCGGCAACGAGAAUACCUGCAGUCAAAUACGGGCUUCCUUCAGCGACGAUGGGAAGCAUGUCAUUUGCGGCAGUGAAGACCGCAGAGCCUACCUCUGGCCCACGGAUACCACGGAGAAGACAUCAGCCGGCAAACGUGCCGUGGAGAUCCUCGAAACUCAGUCGGCGAUGGUGACGGCAGCCGUCAUGGCUCCGUCUAAAGCCAAGCAAAUGCUGGGAUUCUCGGAAGACCCCAUCUUCGACACCUGCAACCCUCCACCGGUGACGCUGGUGAACGAAGCUGAGGCAGCCGCCUCGAAGGGAAAAGGACGUCGCAACCGCAACUCGGGAGCCAGCAAGGCCGCCCAGGAAUCCCCGGCAUACCUCUCGCGCUCAACCCAUCCGGACGGGAACAUUAUCAUCGUAGCCGACUACUCAGGCAAGAUCAAAGUCCUGCGACAAGAUUGCGCGUAUCACAAACGCCACUACGACAGCUGGGAUACGCAUUCCACCAUCUCGCGCCGACUCCUGCGACGCACCAACUCGGCACGACACAGCAUCGCUUCGUCCAUCGGGAAAGAGUCGCACAAGACGCCCUCUGAGCGCAUCAUCUCCUGGCGCAACUCCGUCAUCGGACACCAUCGCGAUGGUUCCCACCAAGGAGGCACACGCACCCGCACGCCCUCGCCACAUCGACACACCGACCCAACCCGGGUGACCUCCAGCCCCCGACACGGCGUCGAGUCCCGCCCGCCUUCAGCCUACAGGUCCAGCAUGGAAUAUAAGAUCUCCAUGGAAAGCGCGCGGCCCAGUUUGGACGCCCGUCGGACCUCCUCAUACGGUGGGAUCGGACCCAAGCACAUCAAGGAACCCAAACCGAAGGACGCUCAGAUCCCUACAUCCGCGGCGGCCCUGAUCUCCAGCGGACGAGAGAAGGACAACCCGCUGUGGUUACGGGGCGACCAGAGUUACGCGUUCUACAAUCGAAUUGCGCUCGAUGCGAUGGCGCGGUCGCAGCAAGAUUCGCCGGAUCUUCUCAGUCCUGAUCGGCCUAUGGCAGGUCAACGCCAACCCAGCACGGGCAGUGCGCUGAGCAGCGACUACGGGUCAUCGCAUGGUGAGAGCGAGGAAGGUGAUGUCCUUCGAUGUGGCCGGUGUCAGGGAACGAAUUUCCGCGCCACUAACGCUCGUGGAAAACAGAAGUUGGUCUGUGUGCGUUGUUCGCGACCGAUUAGUUGA